AUGGCUUCUUCAGAUCUUCAAAAACAGGUUGGCCAGCUCUUCGCGGUGGGGUUUCAUGGCUGCACCCCAAGUCCCGAAAUCAAGACUUUGAUUCAUGACUACCACGUUGGAGGCAUCGUCCUCUUCUCACGCAAUUUUGAGAAUGCAGAACAGCUUCAGGCCUUGACACUGGCUUUACAGAAUGAAGCCAAAUUAGCUGGACAUGAGCGACCACUGUUGAUCGGAAUUGAUCAGGAGAAUGGACUGGUCACUCGAAUUUCUCCCCCGAUCGCUGCUCAGGUACCAGGCCCGAUGGCGCUCGGCGCCACGCACGACCCAGAGUGCGCCUACAGUGCGGGGAAAGCCACGGGGGAAACCCUCAGUUUCUUCGGGAUCAAUAUGAAUUAUGCACCAGUGUGCGAUAUCAACUCGGAGCCUCUAAAUCCUGUUAUUGGUGUACGCAGCCCUGGCGAUGACCCUGAAUUCGUGGGUCGAUUUGCGAGUGCGGCUGCGCGGGGUCUGCGGGAAUAUAACAUCAUCCCCAGUGUAAAGCAUUUCCCAGGUCAUGGUGACACGGCUGUUGACUCGCAUUAUGGAUUACCGGUAAUUCCCAAAACGAGGGAUCAGCUGGAGCGUUGCGAGUUGAUUCCCUUUAGACGGGCUGUCGCUGAAGGCAUCGAAACCGUCAUGACAGCUCAUAUCUCGCUGCCCUGUAUCGAUCUCACGCGGCCUGCAACACUUUCUCCUGAUGUUAUGGGGAUUUUGCGCAAGGACAUGGCCUAUGAUGGUAUGAUAAUCACAGACUGCCUGGAGAUGGAUGGAAUCCGCUCCACAUACGGGACAGAGGAAGGCUCGGUGCUAGCGUUGCGCGCUGGUAGCGAUAGCAUCAUGAUCUGUCAUACCUUUGAUGUGCAGGUGGCUUCGAUCAAGAGAGUCUGUGAAGCAAUAAAGUCCGGCACAAUCGAUCAAGCCCGAUUGGCAGAUGCUUGUCGCCAUGUCGCUACGGUAAAGGACAAGUUUUUGAACUGGGACGCUGCUCUUCGGCAAUCCAGUCUCGCAGACCUGAGCUCCCUCAACAAUAGAAUUGCCGAAACGACUAUGGAUAUAUAUUCCCGAUCGACCACGCUCGUUCGUGACAAGAAUGUUGGUGGCGCUGUCGACGGCGAAGGAACAGGGAGGUCAGGAUUAUAUCAGUCCAGCAAAUAUCUUGAUGUGCUGCGGCAGCAUAACAAUUCCAUCGCUGAGCUCAGAUACGGGGCGAGUGGUCUGACUUCGGAGCAAUGGCGAUCCCUUGAAGUCGCCGAUGUGGUGAUUUUCACUUCGCUCAAUGCGAAAGAGUCGCCAUACCAGGAGUCGCUAGGUCUGAAACUUGCUGAACGUGUUCGUUCGUUGGUCCAUAUUGCUGCCUGUAACCCUUAUGACUUCCUUGAUGCUCCUAGUGUCAAGACUUAUAUCGCCACAUACGAGCCGACCAUCGAGGCAUUUUCUGUGGCUGCCGAUAUCAUGUUCGGAGCACUAGUCCCGACAGGCGCUCUUCCCGUGGGAACUAACGCUUUGACAAAAACCUCCGCGGUAGUAAUGCCAUUUGACGCACAAAGAGAUCUGGAUGAUGUGGUCGAAGUCUGGGCUGCAGCUCUGCCGACCUACCUUGUUCCCACUGAAAGUUUACGGUCUUUGAUAGUAUGCCCUCAUGGCCACCAUUUCAUCGCGCGCAUUGGGUCGCAGGUAGUAGGCUUCUGUCUGGCUUACACAGAUGCCCACAGUGCACCAAGCACCGUGUAUAUCGCAGUUCUGGCCGUGUCACCAAGAUAUCAACACCAAGGCAUUGGAAUUUCCCUCCUAGAAGAAACGAGAGCAUACUUCCGGGCAACCUUUGGCUUCAAUAAUGUGAAGCUGGGCAGCUCAUUCCCCCGCUUUUGGCCCGAAUCAGUGCAGCAUUUCUUCACUCACCGUGGUUUCCGACUCAGUCCUCCCAGUGCCCGAUCGGUUGAUUUGUACCAGGAUAUUCGGAACUUCCAGUCGCCAGAGAAGUAUAUCACUCGUGCCCGGGAGCGAGGCUUCCGCUUCGCGCCAUUAAAAUCCGAAGAUUACGAGGCCUGUAUAGUUGGCCAAAGAAGGAACUUCUCUAAGAAUAGGAGCUGGGUGGAGGCAUACGUCACAUUACAUCCCGACAAGUAUCCGGAUAGUGUGAUGACAGCGUUCGACUCCCAAGGCCAGCAGGUCGGCUGGACGUUAAUGCUUGGUCCAUCGGAUGCUCUAAACACGUCUUGGGCAUUCCCCCAAACCUGUGGUCCUAACACAGGGCUGAUCGGUGCCGUGGGAAUUGACGAGUCCCACCGGAAGUAUGGUAUUGGGUUGGCAUUGAUCUGUCAUGCAAUUGAAAACAUGAAGCAACGUGGCAUUGAAGGCGUCUUCGUAGACUGGGUUGCGCUCGACGGGUGGUAUGAGCAGGUUGGUUUUAAGACUUGGCGAAGCUACAGACCCGGAGAACUUUGA